CCGCCCCAAAACCCCGCGGCCCCAUAAGUCGCCAUGGCCGAGGAGGAGCUGGAGGCGGUGCUGAACGGGACGGGGUGGGACGUGGGGGGCGGCUUAUGGGGCGGCACCGAACCCCAAAGCCCCGUGAGACUCGGGAGCAGCGUGUGCUACGUGGUGCUGGCCGUGAUCUUCAAUGCCGAGGGCUCCAUACUGCUGGUGCAGGAGUCCAAGCCGUGUUGCCGUGGGCUGUGGUAUCUCCCCGCCGGUCGCGUUGAUCCCAAUGAGAACCUGGUGGGGGCGCUGCUGCGGGAGGUGCGGGAGGAGUCGGGGCUGCGCUGUGAGCCCGUCUCAUUGUUGGCUGUGGAGGAGCGCGGACACGCGUGGGUUCGGUUCGUCUUCAUGGCCCGGCCCACGGGUGAGUGGGUACAGGGGGUAAUGGGGGGUAAUGGGGUAAUAGGGGGUCUAUCGCUGCCCUAA